AUGAGAUGGUCGUCGCAAGUGCUACCCUUGCAGCACCCUGGCUUUGAAAGUGCUCAGACAGAAGCAUAUUCACUCUGUACAGGAUGGAAGCUGAAUUUUCGACAGGCGAAGCUGUCUGCAGAUCACUGCACCGAGAUUCAAUCCAUCUCCAACACUUCUCCAGGCCAACGCGUUCUGCUGAAUGACUGGAGCUAUGAUCCAAAGCUUAGUGUAGUUUUGCUACCGCGUGCUGAGACGGUACAAGUGAGGGGCCAGGUUCGUGACGGACGUGGAGUUUUCUCAGUUACUGCACCAGAGAAAAUUAACCUUCUUAGCAAAGCUGGAGCUGAAGAUCUGCGGGUCCUGACAGAGUUUCAGCAGGGUGGCAUGUCGCGUGCAACAUACUCUGCCGGGAGAGUUUCGGAGACGCUCAAAACUCUGGAGUCAGAAGUUUCGGCCAUGGAUCCAGCUCUGCAAUUGCAAUUAUGGCAGGAUGUCGCAUUCGCAGCAUUGUCCGGCAGCUUCAAUGGAACGCUGACGAAUUGCACCGAGGACUGUGGUCCACGAGGCCAAUGCCCCUCACUUGAAACUACGCCUCGGAGUUGUGAUUGCAGCAGCGGAUGGCUUGGCACCCUCUGCGAGAUCCAGAUCUUCGAGGUCGCGUCCCAAGAGCUGAUCACACGCAAAGUCCUGGUCGCACUGCAGCUGCUGCUUUCAACGCAUUUGGAGGUGCGACGCUGCGGCGCUGCGACGCCUCAAAUGAAACGACAGGUUCGACGGCGAGAUUUUGAAGUGCUUGGACAGUCUUGGACACAGGUGUUGGGCAUCACCUCAAGAAAAGGAGCUUUUGCUCGGGUCUUUAAGCUCUUACGACAAGUGGGAGCUGACUGCAGGCGCUUGCCUGCUGAUGUGAUGGCAUCUCUGACGGCAUUGGCUGCAGGCCUGGCUGUGUUGGUCCCAAAGGUCGCUCUUCGUGACGCCAGUGCUGAGAUGGCAGACUUGAUGUCACAGCUCUACCUUUGCUUGCCAGAGGAGCCAGCAGAGCCCAUGGCCAACAUGCCUGCCCCAGCAACAGUGUUGCUCACUUCAUUGGGAAGCUCACAGAUUUGUCGCACGGUUGGCGCAGCCACAACCCUGUGCUAUGAUCUAGCAAGUUCUGACGUGACUUUGUCCUGCAACAUCUCUGCAUCACAGGCAGGUGGAGCACUUGUUGAGAGUCACUGCCGAGUUGAUCUGAACCUGGGCCUUUCGGAUCCAUAUCCCUGUCCUUGCCCAGUGCCUAACGACCCCUGGCUGGGAUUUGGGCGAUCCGGUGAAGCACCUCUGAGUGAGACCCUGGGUGCAAGAAGCGAGAAGGACAUCCUGUGGCGUGAGUUGCUGAAGCGCUUCUGGAACAGCACAGCGUACACUUCGAAUUUGAGCGCUCCUGGCCCUGCUCUUGCAGCUGCCUUAUGGCUUCAGGAGAUUGGAGCAUCAGAUAGCCAAGUUGUCGCAGCGCUGGCAAAGGCGGAGCAAACGCAGCUGAUUCAGCAGGGCGUUUUGUUGGUACUGAAGCACCUGGCCCAGCUGCUGGCAGAUGCCCUGCUGAUAGCAGCCGUGCCUGGUCAGGCACCAUCCGCAGUGAGCUCAUUGCCGGUUGUGGCUCAUUGGGAUAUGCCGACAGUGGUUCCUGGUGCUGAAGCCGCCAUUGGCAAAAUCAGGAAUGGGACAGCAGUGCUCUUCGUAGAUACGGCUGGGACGACAGUGGAGGUGGAACUUGACUCGUUGUAUCAACUUCUUUCCACCCGGCAGCUUCCGUCCAUUUUGCCGUUCAAGGUUCCUAUGGGAGCUUUGCACUGGAAUUACGCAGGUCGGGGCCUUUUCUCCCAGAUGGAUCCAUCAAUCAAGGUGCACAGCGAUGUGGUUCAGCUGCGUCUUUUGGAGUCUCAGCAGUACAAUUUGACCAAGCUGCGCUACCGGUUUAUGGUUCCCGAGAAACCAAGCUGCUCUCAGCAAAGACCUGCAGAGGAUUUACUGCUGCUGUGCUGCAACGCCUCGAACGAUACGACCAGACCAGGAACCUUUGCAUCUUUGUCCUGUCCAACUUCGGCAUCGUCUGGAUUGGUCCAAGCUCGGCGUGUUACAGCUGAGAGUCCAAGAGUUCUUGCAUUGAGUGCACCUGCUGAAACACAGGCGGGUUCUGUUGUAGAGAUCGUCGGCAAACAGGCACCUUUUGAGCAAGGCCUUGAGAGCUUACUAGACGAUACACGCUUCUGGACACCCACUGGGCAGACAGUGCUUCUUGCUGGAACUCACAUACGCCUACGAGGUGGAGACUUGAAGGUUGCUCGUGCUUGUGACAGCCAAGGCAAUGCCGCUCCUCGGUUUAUCCUGAAAGAAGGCCAGAUGCUCCAAGAGCCAGAAGAUGGCUACUAUGCUGAUGCCUGGUGCCGGACGGUUUUUACCCUUGCACGGGCAAAACAGAGCUCAGCACAGUCCUGGCAAACCUUUGCAAACCUUCUCCUGGAAGCUGCAGAAGAGGUCUUGGCAGACCCAUCUGUUGUGCCAACCAUGUCAACAAGCACAAGCUCGACAAAAUCAUCGGUAAGCACUACCAGCUCAACAAGCACCACAUCUGCGACAUACACGUCAAGUAGCACUAUCACAAUCACUUCCACUGGAAUUUUGCACUCCAGUACCUCUACAAGCGUGUCGGUGACACAUAGCUCCAGCUCAACCAGCAUUUCUUUUACCUCAAGUAUCACGCGUAGCACGUCCAGCACAACAGAGGCCUUCAACGGCACGACCACAAUGACCCUUUCGACUACAACCCCCCCAUGGUGCACCAGAGCUGACGCGGAUCCAGCCCAGAAAGACACGUGGUGCCCCAGCGGUGUGGACUCGGAAAGCGCUUUGCCUUUCUACGCUGAUGUGGAGCUUUCGGACACGGAGGGUGUUCUUCUGGUUGAUGUGUUUUCUGUGCAGUUCUCCUUGAACGGAAGUUCCCCUUUGGCUUUUCGCUCCACCGGUGCUGGUAGACUAAUCCUUACAGUGCCUGAGCGAUCAACAUUCUUUGUUUGGGCCAUGUCGGAGAUUUUUAGCCUUUGGGUGAGCUCCUGGCAAGAGCUCCACAAACUCUCCAACUCGAGUCAUGUGCUGAGAGACUGGCUGACCAAAACCACUACCGCAACGAUCAGCACCACCAUGACUAGCACCUCGACGACUGCCACAACCAGCACUUCAACCAGACUGGUGAAGCAAUUUCCUACACCGCUGCAUUCUUCUGGUUUGUUGCUUGGAGCUCUUGAACUUGCCUUCUCGGAUCCUCUGGAGGUGUUUUCCCGUGCUCUUGCAUUUGAUCUUGAGAACUACAACGGCGUUGCAGCACGAGAUGUCGUUGAUUCUCUGUGGGCAGAUAGAGGUCUUGAGGGAGGCAACUUGCUGAGCGCCUGGUGCCAGGUCCCAAAAUUGGCACCGGCGCAGAACUUGAGCCGUAUUUUCAUUGCCUUAGAUCCAGCAGCUCUGAAAAUUGUUGACGACACUGGCUUGAGACCGCUGCACAGCGUGCUGGAAGCUUUGGACAGAGGAGUUCCAUCAUGGUGGAACGAAAGCUUUUGGGCAGAUUCUGCUGGCGGACCAGGUUGGGUAGCACCAUUGCCCACUACUUCAACAAUGACGCGCACCACCACAAGCACACAAGACCUGGAGUCAUUGUUGUGUCCUGAGGUUGACUGCCUGCCAACUGGCGACUGUGGCCUCGAUCCUUCAGAGUUGGAAUGCGUUGCCUGGUCUGAGUCUCUUCGACGCUUUGUCCCUGCACUGGGCUGCACGUUGGUAGCGGAGCCAGGCCGCCGCUGGCCGCUGCUGCAGUCAGGGCAUUUUGAACUGCUUUGUGAGUGUGAGAGUUGGGCCCACCAUUCGGCUAUGGCCAUCGCAGAGAAGAGGCCAGAGAUGACGCCCUUUCCGCCUCAAGUGACAAUCCGGACAAGAGAAUACGCUGUGUCGUGGUACGACAAGGUCAACAGAUAUAAUUUACGCGGCCUGGCCAUCGUUUUCGCCUUCAUCGUCCUGGCUUUGAUACAUUUGGCAGUCGCAGCUUAUGCUGAGGUGCGAUGGCGCAUGCAAGCUCGCUGGGUGGCCAUGCAUGCUUCGCGUAUGAAAGGGGUCCAAGUAGAAGUGAAGCAGCUUGACGACAUGGAGAAGGACUUCAUCAAGCGGCGUGCAGAUGAGAUUCGUGCACAAGGCGAAUUGAGUGCUGCAGUGGUGGCGGCAGAGGCAGAGGCUGCCCUGUUGCAGGCUCAAAGUCUUCAGCAGAGUCCAAUGACAAACACCCUGAGCUCCCUGAGCACUUCGCUGGAUUUUCGCCACGCAAAAGAUGGCUUAGCCACAAUCUUCCAGGCUCAGGGCUUGGGGGAUGUAGAGGAUGACGUGGUGCGGCCAGCGAUGUCGCAGCCAGGUCCCGUGACGCCAACUGUGAGCACCCACAUCGUGACUAGCUCUUUGAAGAAAGAAGCUCCGUCCAUUGCUGCAGUGCCCCCGCCGCUUUCAGGUGCUCCUUCACCUCAGACUUUGUCUCUGCGAGAAGCAGCUCAUGAGGAAGCUUUUCAGCCAGAAGCCAUGAUUUUGGUCAAGCAGCCAUUAAAAGAGAGGGUCGUGAACUAUAUGCACGAUGCGGCGGUGUUGGCCAGCCAGCGCUGCACGCGGAAAAGCGUUUGGCGAAAUUGCCAGAUACAUCACAAGAUCAUCUCAUUGUCAGAUGAUUCUCAGACCUGGAGCUUCAGUGCCCCAGAACGUGCAGCGGUUUUUCAUUUCAGCCUGUGGAUCCAAGCCGUUUCUUUGGCCUUGGUCCUUGGUGGUGGCAUUGAUCGGAGACCGUAUCAGGAUCCUUUCUGUCCGGGAGCUGGGAAUGAGUUUACUCUGGCAGCGGCUGGAUGCUUGCUGCAAGCCUCACAGCUGCUGGACGUGGCGCUGGCAGCUCUGUGCGCAGUGCUCGUGAGUGCAGUGGUGCAGACCAUUUGCCGGGGACGCAGUUUUGCAGUGCGGACGCAGGAGUUGACAGCUGCAGCACGGGAGAGAGCUUUCACGCGCCACUUCUUGGGUCCCUGGCCUUCUGUGAUCAUGGCACCGCAAGAAGCCAAGGCCAGAGUUUGGAACCUAUUCUGUGGUUUGACGGCAAUGAUAUGCUGUUGCUCAUGCUGCCCGCGGCUAAAGCGCCGCCCCUUGUUGCCGCUGCAUUGGCAGCCCUCUGUGGUACCUAUUUGCGCAGCUCUUCUGCUGUUUGUAUUGGCAUGGGCCCUUGCCUACUACAUGUUCUUUUUCUCGUCUUCGAUAUACAUGUACGAGGUUUCCCGCACUGACACAACAGAAGUGGAAAUUGUGUACCCUCCGGACGAGCGAUCUGAAGUGGCCGCAGCAGAAAUUGUUGGUCCGCUGCAAGCUCACUUGAUACUGGUGCCAGAAAUGCAGAGAUUCCUCGUUCUUCUCGUUUUCAGUUGGAUGAUGAAUUUCUUUGUUUUCGAACCACUUUUAUUGGCAUUGCAUCUUGUCGUUGGCGAGCCAACCCUUGGUGACCUUGUGAAUAUCAUAUGGAAGCUCUUCAUGGUCCAGGUCCGAUUUGUAUCAUGGCUUUGCGGCUUAUGCAUACCUCAGGAGAGAAGAGAUGAGGCUUCGAAGUUCUUGACGGAUUCGUCACAGAGACUUACAAAGUCUUUGUCCGGGCUUGCUCCACCAGCAAAGCCAGCGGUAAAGAUUUGCUGUUGUAGAAGACGGAGCAAGGUUGUACCUUUAGCUCCAGAAGAUCUCAAAGAAACGAUCGAAUCAGAGGGUGAAGAGGAGAAGGACUCGAAGGAAGAGAAGGGCCAUACACCAAAGCAAGUGGAGGCCAAAGAGAGCAAGCGCAGAGAUGGUGAUGGUGCAAAAGAAAGAGAUAGCAAGGAAAAUCAAGAGGACAAAGAGGAGAAAAGGAAAAAGGAGAAGAGGAAGAAGAGGAAGCCUUGAUUCGCCAGCGCAAAAGCGGUUUGCGUAUGGUGCCGCUUGUCAGAGUGCAGAUCUGUCAAUGGUUAGUGGCCAUUGAAUAAUGUGAGUGAAUCCCAGUGUUUUUAUGAUCCGCGCAUAGCAAC